UGUAAAAUAGGUAUUAAUCUAAAGUUGUCUAUUAUAACAGAGUGUUUCUGUAUGUAAAAGUAAAUAAAAAAUGAGUAAUUUAAAUGUUUUUGUGUUUUACUCAACUUUUUUAUUUUUAAUCCUGAACUUGACCAAUUGUAAUGUAGUCAAGAAAUUUAGUGACAUAAGCGACAUGGAUGAUGAAGAACAAUCAAAUGUUACCAAUAAUUUAUCUGUGACUUCUCCUCCUGCUCGACAAGUAGAACAUCACGCAUCGUCUAAUAUCAAGUGUACUGACCGAAAUACGGGUAAGAGAUACAAUAUUGGAGUUUCCUGGUAUUCGGAUGGCUGUGGAAAAAGUACUUGUACUUUAACAGAUGAAUCCCAUUCUUUAGUAGUUACAGAAAACUGUUACUGUAAGACUUGUCCAAAAGGCAUGCAUUGUUCUGUUGUCCGCCGAGCUUCAUCGAAUAUUUCCCAGUAUCCAGAUUGUUGUCCUACGACUAUUUGUUUACCAGACCAACCAAGUCAAUACCUCUGGAAAAAAUUUGGAACUUGGAGACAUUGGAUUCACUUAUAACUACGAAAAAAUGAAUUUUAGUACUAUUGUGGGUAAAAUUUAUUUUAUUUUUAAGAUUAUGUAUAUUAUAUUAAAACAUCACCUGUAAAUAUUAUUACAUUAACUUUGUGAUCAAACAUAUUUUAAUUGUUUAUAGUGUAUAAUAACUUAGAUUAAAGAAAUUUAAUUGUUGUAAUUAGACACAACAAUGUCAUAUUACUAUUAGAAUUUUACAAUUUUGUACGAUUUAUUUAAAUGUUUUAAUUUUUUUAUCUUGUAAGGUUUAAAAAAAUGUUAAUAAAUUGAUCGAGUGAAAAUAUUUUCGCGCGCCUUUGAGUUAUGAGUGAACAUGUGCGCGUCCACUGGUAGUAACUGUACUUCCUAGACACUUCUUGUUAUAUUUCACAAAUUAAUCUGUAUUAUUACUGAUUAUAUGAAAAAUGUUCUAAAGGUAA